UGUGUUCAGCGGCGUGCAAUUCUAUCCACCGAGCGCGUCUCCCGUAGACGAGCCUCCCGUCUUGAUGCCCCUGCGGUCUAUCGAGUGUCAGGGUCCGCAGAGUCUCUGAAGCGUCCUGCAGGUAGGAGGUUGGACGGAGAUGAGUAACAUUCUGCGCCUGGUGUCCGAAGGAGACAGACGGACGCUGCGUGUUCUCUCACUGCCGUCGGACAAUGAUGUUGAGUGCAUAUGGACAGAAGUAUAAUUCUACAUUGAACAACAAAUGACCUUGCAAAAGGGGGCCAACCUAUCAGGACUGGGGACCUUCACAUUCUCUCUGCAGAAUAUCCACAGAAGAAACAGGAUUACUACAAUCCACCAACCCAUCUUCAUCCUGGCAGGGAAACUGGCCCAGUCUUUGGGUCUAAGCCAGGUCAAGCAGUUGGUUGAAGCAGCACACCUGCCUGUUCUACCUCUGAACUUUGCCGCCGUGUCACAGCGGACUCCGUUCAGUCGAGGCGUCGUGGAGAGCUGCGUCAGAGAAACCCUCGCAGAGCUGUACCGAGCCUUGGCAUCAGAGAAAAACGUGGUCCUCCCUUUCAAGCCAAUCGGAGUCCUGUCUUUUAGGAACAACAAGGUUCAGAUGAAGUUCAGCAGGGAUUUCGUGACAACAGUCAGUAAAACACAUAAGAGAGCUGGUAGGAGUGUUCCCGUACCAUCUGAUGAACUAACCGAUCAACAAGGGCCAAGGACGAUCGGCCGUUUCACCCUGCCGACUAUCUGGUCUUCCCAGACAGACAACCAAGGAGUUGGCAAAGACGGCGGGGGCUUUUCACCAUCUGGGGACAUGAUGAACACAGCAGAGGUUCCCCAACAGAGAGAACUUAAAUCCAAUCAGUCAGGGCAGAUGAAAGCUGUUUGCCUGGCAGAAGAAUUAAAUCCAGUCCCCCCUGUGGAGGCCACAAGCAGGCUCACAAAUGCCAGUGUGCUACAUGGAGCACCUCCCAACCUGGACCAGCAUCCUAAAAAUGCCAGCUACCCAAGUCACAUUCAUACUGGACAGGAGCUGUGCUACUUGUGCAUGCAGCGGGCUCUGAGGAAUGUUCCAGAGUACCAAAGGGAACAACAAGAGGCGGUGGAGAAAGCUCAAAGGAAUGUUUUACUCUGCAAACAACAACUGAGAGACAAACAGGAGAUGGAAGCACAACUGGCAAAACUAACUGAGCAGCGUGAACAUGCAAAGCAAGUGGCUGCAUUCAACUUGCAAAUGUCAAAGACGCAGAUACAGAAGAGCUCCUGUUCUGACUGUCCUAAAUCAUUCCUCUUCCUGGCUCGACCCAUCACACCCCCGAAGAGGAUGCUGCAGCAUUGUUACAUGAAUGACCUACAGAGCCAGAUGGAGAGCCGACAGAGACGGCAAGCUCAGGACCAGCAGUACCGUCUUCUCACGGAGCGUCUCGACCAGAUCCAGCUGAUACAGGAGAUAGCGUACCAGAAAGCUGAGCAGUUCCAGCAGAAACAGGAGAAAACCAGGCAUUACAAGAAAGCUCUGGACACACAGGUGGAGGAUAAGAUGUUCACGGCAUCUCCCACCAGCUCGCCUGAUAAACCAAGGUUAACUCGCUGCGAAACAGCAAUCAGGAGAGCAGAGAGCCGAGAGAGAGCAAAAAAGCUCUUUCAGGUGAACUUCAGUGUUGCCUCUCAGAAAAAGAAAGAAGAGAUGCAGAGCCGUCAAUUGCAACUGGAAAAAGAAAGAGAAAUGCUUCGGCGCACUAAAAUAGACUUAAUGCAGGACAAAACCAGUCAUUUUGAAAAGAAGCAUUACAUCCGAAUGUCACUCGAGGACGAGUGGAGUCAAAGUGCUGAGCUCAAACGCAGGCGAGAGGAGGAGGAAAAACGCUUCCUGAGGUCUGCAGGGCAGCUCCUGGUAGAUAAACUUGAAGAGUGCAGACGUUGCUGCCGGUGUAAAAGGAGGAUGGCCAACUGCGGAGAAACCAACAUAUGGAGGGACUCUCGUUACCUUUCAGGUUCACAGUUUAUGAUCUGAUCAAGAGUGAAGUCAAGAGGAAAACAUGAACAAUACCACAAACAAAACAAGUUUAACUUCACUACAUUGCGUCCUAGUGCAGUAUGCGUCAAAUUCUUCAAAACAAAUAGUUUUAGACUCGAGAAAGUUUUCUCAGAGAUGUAGAUCCAUAAUAUGUGUUGCCGCAGAAUAAGUUUGAAAAAGGAUUUUAUGAUUGUAAGGUUAAUUUCAGUCAAUGAAUUCAAGAAGUAAAUUUGGGGUGUUUCACAAUAUUUCUCAGAGCAAAUGUAUGACAAAUGCAAGACUUGUGGCUAGAAAGAACUUUAUGUGGUAGGCAAAGCCCUUCCUUCAACUGCAGAGUUUUACUGAAACUUAAUUACUACUUAAGGGAUCCCAUAGUAUGAAGAAAAUAGCUCUCACCCCCUAAUUUAACCAGCUGCAACCUGAACUAUUAAAUUAAGACACAAUUAUUGCUCCUUUUUUAUGCUGUUGCUAUAAAUGAGUGCAACACCCCCUGUUUUGCAGUAUAUGUCUACCUUUUGCUACUGGAAAGUAACUGAGAAAAAUCCUAUUAAAUGCCCUGGGGCCAUCUGUGACUUGUUCAAAAACCAUAACAGAAGUUAGCUUGCAAAAACAUUGUGUUAAAGAUCACUUCAUAUCUUGGAAAGCAUGGAAAUUUUUCAGACCGAUACGGGCUAAACAAACAAAAACAAAAAAAAAAACCGCUCGGCACCUUGGUAUUUUAUAAUACCAUGUUUGUUUUGCACAAACACCCUUUAUACACGCCAGUGAAAAACCUGUUUGUAAAAUAACAGGGAUUGGGAGUAAUACCAGAAAAGGAGACUUUUUUUUUUCCAAACCCACCAUAUGCCCUUAUUAUUUGCUAGCUUUAACUUGUCAGGGUUUAGGAUCUGAACCCGAAUUCAGCGACACACAGAGCCACACUUAAAGAGUAUUUAUUAAAAGGUUGGAUAGUGGAAUGAAGAACCAAACUGUACCAGGCUGUAGCAGAGGAAUGGUGAAGAUGGCUGGAGCUGGAUUACAGAGCUAAAGCUGGCAGAUGCAGGGAACUGAGGCUUGGCAGACGAAGGCAUCACAGGCAUGUUGACGUGAGGCAAGGCAAGGAAGAGGUACGUAUGCAGACGAUCCGGCAUGGAAUGGCAAACUGAUUGAGCUUUUAUAGACAGGUGAGCAGGAGGAAUGAGUCCGGCUUGAUUACUGACAGGUGAAACUGAUCAGGCAUGGAGUGGAGAAACUGGGCUGCAUGUGAGGUGGAAGGUGCUGGAACUGACCAGGGUGAAGUGGGUGAAACUAAACCCUGACAUACCUGUAAUUCAGUUUACGUAAUCAUGUUCAGUAAAUGUGUGUCCUACCCACAGAAUAUGCACAUUAUUUUUUAAUGUAUGCAUUAAAUACAAGCAUUACUCUGUGGGUCAUGUAGCAAUUGUAUAAAUGCUAGGCAACAAAGCCUGACUUUUUGGGUUACUUCAUGUUGUAACAUCAAUAACAUCAAUAUAGUUAUAUUUAAUGUGCUCUAUUUCUUUGAACUGAAAGGCAUAAAUAAAAAUCGGUUUCAUCAUUGCUGUGUGGAAACAUGUUUUACUAUCCUAUACAUGCUGGUUAAAUGUCCCUUGAGG